ACAGUAACUCCGUGUGGAAACAUUACCAUUAAAUGGUCGUCAGUUGGAAAACAUGAUAUUGAACGAAUUGUAAUGGCAAUCAGCAACGCUUCCAAUGUUAUUGGGAGAUUUCGGAAUGGAGAAUACCGCUGUUACAAAGAUGUAUUCCUCACGGAAACGGAAUGUCAGGAACACUACUCACUGACUGUGAAUGCAUCUAAUGACAUCAUUAUUAUAAUGAGAAAUAUCUCAGAUCCUUAUUUUGGAAGCUACCUAAUAUCUGUUUAUCGUAAAUCAGACGACAAAAUAGACACCUUAUGGAUCAAAGUCUAUAAGAAAGGUAAGCUGAGUACUUUCUCUCGUACUCUUGAAUACGUAAUAUGGACAGUAUCUAGAGGGUGUAACAGACGUUUAACAUAUAUUUUAUUUUUACAGAAUUUUUACUGCGAGAUAGGAGCCCAACUGCAAUGACUCCAACGGUGUCCCUGCCACAUGCCACAUACAGAAGACCACAUCACCACCGAGGAGAACAAGCCCAGUGAACAGCUCCCUAAGAGUAACGGUACAGUGGAAAACCACAUUAGUCGGCCCAGUAAGUUUACU